AGACAUUGUCCCAUUUGCGGAUAGUACAGGCAAAGGUAGUAAACAAGUCGUGGUGACACGACCUACAUCAACGUCACCUCCACCUGCUUCAAAGCCGGAUCAUCAGCCUCGUUCACGCUCGCCAAAGAGGAGCGUCCGCGAUGGUGAAGAAACGGUCGUCCUCAAGAACGGUCGUCCUACCACAAAAUCAAAAAGAAUAGAAAGAAAUAACAGUCCUAGUGAUGUAAAUUCUUCUGCGGAUGAGGAAGAGGAAGAAAUAUGCCGAAUUCCAACAAGACAGCGGAACACUAGCUCAUCUAAUGCGCAGCAGGUUACUUCGACUCCUACCCUACCCUCUAGGCAGUCUGGGAGCAGUCAACGCGUGCUAGCAGGAGAUCAUCAUCUAGCUGCAAGAAAUAGAAACUACAACUAUAGCAGCUAUAUUAGUACAACAAAAAAUACUAACGACCCCUCUAGCUCUUGUUUUCCUCGUAAAAAAACCUCGACUAAUAGUACAAUCACACCUACAACUUCUUUAUUCCAGCACAAGGCGAUCAAAAAAGCUGCUCCUGCACAACCCUCCUCCAGUGGUCACGAUCAUGACGCUAGAUCGUCGUCAUCCGAGAUUGAGCGGCCGCCUUCAGCUUUUUGUAAGCUCAAUUUCCAUUUCCUUCGCACUCCGCCAAAUCUACGCGGAUGGUGGCACAGUCGCAGAAAAUAUCUUUUCACAGGAGAUCGAAAAUCGAAUUUUUUUCGAGAUCGAGAUCGUCAACCUGACAACAACAACGUGCAGCGCGAAGGCAGGAUGAUUCGAAGGCACGACGAUGCUCCUUCCCCAUCACCGAGAAGCAGAUCUUUUCACCGUUCAGACGAGAGGGUUCAUGCGUCACGACCUCUUCCGGGAUCUACCUCUGCGCGUAACCUCGAUAUAGAACGC